AUGACUGAACCAAGCCGGAGUAAUACAGAAGAUUCAAAACGAAGCAAUCCUGUUCAAAAUCAUUGGUUUGAUGCCUCACUCAUUCCAAGCUCUCGCACUAUGGGAAUGGAAGUCAAAGAACAUACUGGAUCUGCAUCAGGUGAUGAUGAGACCUAUAAUUUGGGCAGACAAUUUAGCAAAAUUGCAGUAGAUGCGUUUCGUGAGGGACAUGGAAAAGUCGAUUCGGAUCGUACGUCAGAGCGGUGUUCCUCGGUCAGCCGUAUCACAUUUCCAUCAAGGUCAUCUCGAUCCGAAGAUGUUCAGCAAUCAACGACCAGACGCAGUCAGCACCAUCACCAGCAUCAACAUCAUCAUCGACACCAGCAGUAUACGACACCGAUUACUCAAACUGUUCCCUCGCACUCAUACACUCAGGCUGCCCGUUCGCUCCCCAAGAGCAAUUCACCGUCAUCUAGCCCAACAAAUCCCGUUUCACGUCAACAACCGCCUACACCAUCCCGUACGGGCCCGUCGGUGAACUCGGUGAAUGUGGUCAACAUGCAUAAAAAGAAGCCAUUAAUAUCGAACUUGCCGAAACUGCACACGGCACCUUCACAACCAGUGCUAUUGCACACGUCCAGUUGCGGCAGUGAUGAGUGUUCGGACGCCCAAUUACCACCUUUCCAAACACAACAAGUCAGACCUUUUUCUAUACACAUCGCUUCGAAAUUGGAUCAGCACAAUUCAUGCAGUCCAGAAUCGUCCAAUUCCGAGCAAAUGGAACAAUCGGUUCGUUCGACCUGUAAAAUGCGAUCGGCUCCUUCGUGUCCGAGUCAUUUAGGUCCCCUUCUGAUCGGUACGACGGAUUUAGACAGUCAAGAUCAGAAAGUGCGGGAUGUAACAGCUCCGUGUAGGAUAGCAAAUAACAAUCCACCGUCCAAUUCCAGCUCGAAUUGCCCCAAACCCACACCUAAACCCGAUUUGAGAGACCGCGUUUGCCCGGGGCAACAUACAGCGGGCACGUUCGGAUUGUACAACAUACAGGAAACAAUCGGUGCUGGGAAUUUUUCGCAAGUCAAACUGGCGACACAUGUAUUGACAAAAGGUAAGUGA